AUGACAUCCCCCAUCAUCGAAGACUGGAAUCGUCAUGUUGGACUCAACAAAGAAGGUGGUCAAACACCAGUGACUGAUAGCGAGAUGCUUCGCAAGAUCAUCAAUGUGAAGCUCGCAGCUCAAGGAUACGAUGUGCAAAACGACGAGUUCACUCAAAACGUCGCAUCUGACCUUUUCCGAGUUUAUCGAGAACAGUCUCGCCAGCUCGAAUCGCGUCUUUGUCCAAUGGACACUCGUGUCCAAGACUUUCUUAACGAUGCCCUUAAAGCAACAGGAGAGAAGAUUCAACUUCCCAACUCGACUCUAUGUGUCGAUCGCUACGGAUUGGCAAGAGAACUGUCCUUCCCCGACGGUGCCAAUGAAUUUCACAACAGUGAGAUCUCAAGCUACCGUCUUUCCAAGGGAGGUGUCUUGCAUAACCCAAUCAACGACAAGCGCACCACAAAGGGAGUCUUCCAUGUCGCCGACUAUGGUCUUCCUAUCCCUGCUGACAAGAUUGCGGUUCCUCUUGUGACCUAUGCCCGACUUCUGCAAGCAGCCUUCCUUCCUCCGAAGGAUCUCAACACCAUCCCUUACACUUCCAACUGGAAGUUUCCUGCUCAGAGCAUGGUCUCUUUGCAGCUGCGUCCACUUGCAUGCCCCGCCAUUCCAGGAAAAGUUCCCGAGAAGCGCCUCGAGGUCCGAUUCUUUGUUCCUGGAUCCUGUGUUGCAAAUUUAGAUUUCGUCGAAUCCAUCUUUGGAAACGCUGGUGACCCAAGUCUUCCUGAGAACGACGCUGGUUUGGACGUCGACGGUUGGACUGGUACCACUGGAUGUGUCGUCUUGGCACCACACUUGCGACAGUGCCUCAAGAAAGACUUGGGCUUGCCUCAUGUCUCGGAAGCGACCGAAUACCAAAAGUCCAAGGGCUUGUGCUGGACCAAGGAGGACGAACCAUACAAUGGAGGAAAGCCAUUCAAGAUCACUCUUCGUGAUGAACGCGGUAUCAUGGUGACCAUCUUGGCUGACAACUAUUUUGGCUACUGCAAAAAGGAAACCAAGACACAAAUUGGAUUGACUGCCAAUGUCUUCGGUCUGGCCGAAGAGGAGCAUGCUGGUGGUGCUUUGGCAUUCAAGGCCACCAACCUCGGAGAAAAGUGCAAGUCCAAUCCACGCUACCAACAAGUGCUAGUGCCCUCAAAACAUAUCGCGAAUACAUACAAAUAUGAAGAUGCCUUGGAGCUAUUGGGAGAUGCCGUCACUAGGCACCCUGAAGGAUAUGCUACGGACAAGGAAUAUCCUGAAAUCCAUUUGCUUCCUGAAGACAUGGAGCUGAACACUCAAACUCAGACAGCCAAGUUCACAAACGUUGCUACUGGCAAGGAGCAAACCAUCCGCAUCUUGCCCAACCACAUCUACGUCAGCCCAAGUGGAUACAAGGUUCGCGUAGAGCGUCAUCCAACUGUCUCCAAGUGGCGUUUGGUCGGAACCAUUGCAGAACCAACCUUCUGUCACAAGCCAUCUACGGUCAGCGGAGGAGGCAAGUCCGAGAUUUCUAAGUCUUUGAACGAUGCUGUUAUCUAUGGACCCAUUUACAUUGGCAACUAUGAUGAAGAUAUGGCGGUCGUCAAGAAGAUUAUUGACAGAGACUACAGCGAAUGUUUGCUUCCAGAGUUCCGCAAGGGACGAUCGGAUCCUUCUCGACGCAUCUUGAGCAUGGAACGUACUCUUGGAUCAGUCAUCAAGCUUCUCACUCCCGAUGACAUGUACACCAAGGAGCACAACGAUUUCUUGGGAACCAUUCCUCCAGGUAUCCUGGCAAUCGUCUUCUCAAUCAAGAGCAGCUACAAGGCAGAGAUGGGCGCCGAUUGGCAGAAGCAUUUCAAUGUCGCUGUUACGAAUGGAGUUGCUGGUCAUGAGCUCAAAUUCGACGACCGUCAAUUGGUUGGCUCGUAUCUCCGUGUUGGAUUUGGAUUGGACGGAAAUUGGCGCAACUUCAAGAUGCGUCAAGACUUUAUCGCUUCUGACAAGGUGCAGAUGGAAGACGACAUCACAGCGAGCGUCGUCGUGCCACGGGAACAAAUUCCUGGACUACCGAGUGAAUAUUCCGCCUACCCUUCGUUGAAGAUCUCCCAAAACUGCGAGUGGCGUCUCUUCCAGCGACCAGACGAAGCCAUCCAUCCAGGAUAUGACAAGCAAACUGAAAAGGAUAUGUCGGAGAGUGGUCUCUUCUGUUCGAACUUCCAGCCAAUCAAGCCCGGUGAAAUGAAGGAUCUCACCGAGGAACUAUACUUCUGGGACCUUUUCACUCCCGACAUGCAACAACACAUGAAGGACGCAGCCAAUGGUACCGUGAACAGUAUUUGCUCUGCGAAGCCCAGGAUUGUUGCCGGAGGACCAACCAAGAAUCCUCGCUAUUUGCAAGUUCGACCUGAUGUCUCCAUGCCUCGCGAUCGCUACUUGGCUGAAUUCGGCGCACGCCUGUACCGUCGCAUUCCAGUUUCUGACCCUUGCGUAUUCCCAGUUGCGGGUGUGUUGAGUGGAAGGAGAAAUAAUCCACCCGAUGAGUUGGAUGGAACUAAGAUUCGUCCUCUCUGUGUUUACAAUCCCAUUCACUUCCAAGAGCUGCCUGAGUUGAUCAUGGAUUACGUCUGCUGUGUCACUGGAAAGAGCCCAAGUACUACCGGCGCUGGAUCCGAAGGAGCCUUGAGCAAGGGACCUUUCAAUGCAAUUGGAGCAACUGCUGACUUGAACAACAUGUUGGUUUCCAUGAUUCUAACGGAAUACGGCGGAUUCAGCAGUGCAGCUGGGUGGAUUGGGCCAAAGUACAGGGUGGAUCAUGAUAUCAGUUUGCUCAUUCCAGAACUCUGGUGUCGCAUGACUGCAAAAGAACGAAAUCCUGCCUAUCUCAUUGAGAACAAAUACCUGGAACCAAUCGAGGACUUUGAUUAUGAAGGGCGCACAAUCCCUGCAUCUCGGCUGGGAUAUCGCAUCACUACCAAGUUCGUCAACUAUUUCUUCUGCCGCAUCUUCGACAACCCAUCUGGAGUCUUUGCGAAUGAUAUGCUUCAGCCCGAAAAGCAAGAUUUGGCCGUCUUCGUGGACGGUGUUGAAAAUAUUGCCCAAGCCAUGGAAAAGUCCGCCAAGUUGUACUUUGAUGAUGGUAUCAUCGAAGAUGCUUGCCCUCCGCUUCGCGCAGUACUUCAUGUGAUGGCUUAUGGUCACUACAAUGGAAAGUCCAUCCAGGAUCCUUCAAUUCGAUCAAUGUUCACCAGAGACUACCUCAUCAACAGUCAGUGGUAUCAAGAUCGCCUUACCAAGAAGCAAGAUAUUGACACUCGCUUGUGGACCAAGAAGAUCAAGUACUUGGAAGAGUUUUUGGAACGCCCAGGAUACGAGAGACAAGCAGAACACCUUCGUAUCAGUGACCGUUUGAAGGAAGCCAAGAAGCAACUUGAUACCACAAAGACCGAUUCGUACAUCAAGAGUCUUGUCGGAACUAUCGGUGCCGAUCCUAUCCACGACGGUUACACUCAAACCAAGACAAAGGAGGCGGCCAUGGCUGAUGGCAUCGAAACUAAACGCGGCCACCUUGUAGGUCUGUAG